GCAGUUGGCAGGCUGCUGCGGGAGGCGGUGGCGGUAGGAAGCCGGAGACAGCAGGGUGACAGGUAGGCGGCGGUGCUGUCUUUGGGGGAGGCAAAGUGCUAGAUGAAGAGGGGUUUUCUUCUCCUUCGGCCGCGGAAACUACAGACGGGAGCUGGCGAGGGUGGUCUGGAAAGGCGAUAGCCGGUGUGUUGGUGGUCCCGGAACCUCUCGUAAACCAGAAUUGGAAAAUAUUUAACUCUUAACAAAUGAAUUCCCCACUUGAACUCUGCCGAAUUCCUGUGCCACCUCCUCCUUUAGAAAACUGAUCUUAAUACAGAGAUAAAAGAGGAGUAGAAGGUAAAAGAAAAUGCUGGGAACUGACCGUUGUGUUGUGGAAGAAUGGUUAUCAGAAUUCAAGGCAUUACCUGACACUCAGAUCACCAGUUAUGCAGCAACUUUACACCGGAAAAAAACACUUGUACCAGCCCUCUAUAAAGUUAUUCAAGAUUCAAAUAAUGAGCUCCUGGAGCCCGUCUGCCAUCAGCUGUUUGAGCUCUAUCGUAGCUCAGAGGUUCGACUUAAGAGGUUCACACUGCAGUUCUUGCCAGAAUUGAUGUGGGUUUAUUUGCGGCUUACAGUUAGCCGAGACAGACAGAGUAAUGGUUGCAUUGAAGCACUUCUGUUAGGAAUUUACAAUUUGGAAAUCGCUGAUAAAGAUGGGAACAAUAAAGUUCUGUCUUUCACUAUCCCCUCCUUAUCCAAGCCUUCAAUAUACCAUGAACCUUCAACAAUUGGAUCCAUGGCUUUGACAGAAGGGGCAUUGUGUCAGCAUGAUCUCAUCAGAGUUGUUUAUAGUGAUCUUCAUCCUCAGAGGGAAACAUUCACUGCACAGAACCGGUUUGAAGUCCUGAGUUUUCUCAUGCUGUGUUAUAAUUCUGCUAUUGUAUAUAUGCCUGCCUCAUCUUACCAAUCUCUUUGUCGGAUGGGUUCCAGGGUUUGUGUGAGUGGCUUUCCACGGCAACAUGAAAAACAUUGGAAAGAACUCAGUGGUCGAAUAGUAUUGGAUCCUGAAUUUAUGGUGCAACUUCUCACAGGGGUUUAUUAUGCCAUGUAUAAUGGACAGUGGGACCUUGGCCAGGAAGUUCUUGAUGAUAUCAUUUAUAGAGCCCAGCUAGAGCUUUUUUCUCAACCACUAUUGGUUGCCAAUGCCAUGAAAAACUCAUUACCAUUUGAUGCUCCUGAUUCUACACAAGAAGGCCAGAAAGUCCUUAAAGUUGAAGUCACUCCAACAGUGCCGAGGAUUUCUCGGACUGCAAUUACAACAGCUUCAAUCCGUCGUCAUAGAUGGAGAAGAGAAGAUGGCUUUGACUUCUCAAACGAGGCUGACUCGAGUAUUCCUGGCUCCCCGAUCCAACACGGCUCCACUGACCUAGGGAUCAAACGUGUGCAAGAGGGGGAGGUGCUGGUGCGCAGGACCCCUGAGCAUGGCUCGCCGGAGCCCAACUCAGCAACAGCCACAACAGAGGGUGCUGAGGGUGUAAAUGGAGGAGAGGAGUCUGUAAACCUGAAUGAUGCAGAUGAAGGAUUUUCAUCAGGGGCCUCCCUCAGCAGUCAGCCAAUUGGGACCAAACCAUCCUCCUCUUCUCAGAGGGGAAGCUUAAGGAAAGUAGCAACUGGGCGUUCAGCCAAGGAUAAAGAAACAGCCUCUGCCAUCAAAUCCAGUGAGAGCCCUCGAGAUUCAGUAGUUCGCAAGCAGUAUGUACAGCAACCAACUGAUCUUAGUGUAGAUUCAGUUGAGCUGACACCAAUGAAGAAACACCUGAGCCUGCCUGCUGGCCAGGUGGUGCCAAAAAUCAAUAGCUUAAGUCUAAUCCGGACAGCCAGUGCUUCCUCAAGUAAAUCAUUUGACUAUGUAAAUGGCAGUCAAGCAAGUACCAGCAUUGGGGUUGGCACUGAGGGAGGUACUAAUUUAGCAGCCAACAAUGCUAAUCGAUACUCAACUGUCAGUCUGCAGGAAGACCGGCUAGGUCAAGCUGGCGAAGGUAAAGAGCUCCUCAGCCCAGGAGCCCCCUUGACCAAGCAGUCUCGAUCCCCAAGUUUCAAUAUGCAGCUAAUAUCCCAGGUGUAGUUUUGACAUCCUCCCUCAUCUUUCUGCUUACCUUUUAAACUGAACAUUUCAUUGUGCAAGAAGACACUUCAUCCCACAUUGUGAAAAUAUUGGUCACUGUUAUCAGAUUUCAUUUAGUUUAGGUAUCUUCAUACUGUAUUUUGUAUCAAAACAGCAAUAAGGUUUUCUUUAUCCCUCUUUCCUACGUCUUCUCUUCACCUAUUCCUUGUAAAUGUGUUUGUGAAGCAGUAUAAAAUGUUUGCCUUUUCCAUGCCUUCCUUUCUCCUUGGGUGAUGUGCAAUCCAUCGUAGGCUGAUCGGUCCCAUUUCAACACUGUGAGACUGAGGAUACAUUAGAGGAAAUGGUGUAUAUGAUCCCUAUGAAACGAUUCUUUGGCUUUUGUUUAAAAACAAAACGGGUUUGUUCUCAUAAUCUAUAGAACUAUGAAGAUUACUGGAUCAUAUUUUUUUCUCUUAACCAGGAGUGCCUCAGAGAUUCUGCUAUGACUUUGGACUUCUCUGAGUCUGUGCAAUCAUUUUCUGGAGAAGCAUGGGGAAAGGUGGUAGACUGCUGCACUUUUUCAUUAAAAUGAGGGUAGCUCUUUCUCCACCCCCCCCCAUCUCCUUUAUCCCGAAGAUAUAAAUGUUCAAUUACGGAGGCAUUUAAAUCAAGUUGUGACCACCUCCAUUGGAGGGCAGGACUCUUGAUUGUGUAAUUGAUAAUGCACUUUCUCAAUGGCUGUAUAGUCAUUAUUAACAUGUCUUCCCUCUUCCCCACAAGGACAUAUAAGGUCAUUUCUGUCCUUCAAGUUUGGCCAACUAACAAAUCAGAAUCUGAGGGGCAUGUUCUAUUUCCCAGGAAUGAUUGACACUUUGGUGCUGGGGUUUUGUGGGGGCGGGGGGUAGUUUUUGUUUAGCUUUUGUGGAGAUUGUGUGUGUGAGAGGAGAUUUGAUUUUUUUUUCUUCUUUUCCUUUGUGAGCUGAUGGCUGAAGUGUAACAGUACAUCUUCAGGUAAAGAGAGGGAUUUCUCAAUCUACUUUCUGUUAUGUCAGACUAUAAGAGAAACCCUUUCAGCUGCUUUCUAGAUGUACCUAAAUUCAGUCAGAUAUUUUGGAUUAAGAAACCUAAAGUCCUGAUACAUUACAUACUCCAAGGAAAUAUAUCAGGGACAGACAAUUGGCUGAAACACUGAUACUUCAAUGUGACACAUUUUUAUAGAACAUUUCUACCAGGGGGUACUGACCUUGAUUUCUCCUACAAGGACCACACUGCCUUUGUGUUUAAUGUAAUGCAAUUUGUGUACCUUCUAAUCAUAUAUCUGCAGUUCCUCAUUUUUAUAAAACUUUGAAAUCAUGCCAGUAAGCUAGAUGUUGAAUGUAUGUAAGUAGCAUUUGGUAACUGCUAAGAGGUUACAAAAACAUUAUUGGUAAAAAAAAUUUCCUUAGUUCUGAUCUGGUUGGAUAAGAUUUUAUCAUAACUUUUCUGGGUCUCAGGCUCUGAUGUUUGAAAAAGAAGGGAAUAUAUUGGGUUUUAAAAAAGUGUAUGGUGACUUAAACUGUUAUAAGUUAUCCUUCCACAGAAUACAUCAGAGCUAUCAGUGCUUUGUACAUUUAGAUGUUUUUACUUGAUUAUUGUUUAAGAAAAAUAUACUGAAUUUAUAGAAAGCAAGUAUUCUCCUAAUUAGCAAAAGUUAAAAUUUUAUCUCUACCAUUAAAAUUAUAAUAGAUUUUGAUAAAUAACCAGAAAAAACGCCUUUUUUUUUUCACACCUAGCAAUCCUCCCAUUUUUAUUGUAAGGACUUUCUUUUUUCCCUAAGAGACUUUCUGUUAGACUCUUUAUAUAUGAGAUGCUUGUUUAAAUAUGGUGGUCUGUAACAUUUUCCAGCUCAUGUGAAAAUGGAAAACUAGAACCUGAACUAGUAUCUACAACAUUGCCAAAGUCCAGGGUAAAGCUAAAAGUUGAUAAGUAGACAAUUUAUUGAUUUGUGUGUGUCUGUGUGUGUGUGUGUGUAUAUGGUGUGUAUAUGUAUAUAUCACAAAGUUGUAUUUUAAAUAUUUUAAAUACCCUUUCUUUUAAUUUAACUAAGGGAUGUCAAAUAAAUGAAAGGAUUUUAAAAAUAGCCAAAAUAAAUGAGCUAUAAAGGCCCAUAACAUACUAAAACAGGCAGUUUCAGGUAUGUAAGGAAAGGAACAUUAUACUUACCUAGAAAGUGAGAUCUAAAAAAAAAUAAAAAAUAAAAAAUAAAUAAAUAAAUAAAAAAGAAAGUGAGAUCUUGGCUAUGGCUGGAGGUCAGUCACUUUAUGGCAUAAAUUAUUUGGGAGGUAAAAAGACUGUUUUCAAUUCAAAUUGUGCAUUUAUUGGCAUCUAAAUCUAGCAUGAUUUUGGUUAAAGCACAAAAGAAAUACCACAUAAUACCAAAUUACAGCAAAUGUUAGAAUAAAUACAACAAAAUUUUCCUUUGGCUAGAAAUCUUAUGUUAUACCUGAAAAAUUGGUUUUAAAAAAUGUUCAUCUUGGCCAGGCGUGGUGGCUCACGCCUGUAAUCCCAACACUCUGGGAGGCUGAGGUGGGUGAAUCAUGAGGUCAGGAGUUCGAGACCAGCCUGGCCAACAUGGUGAAACCCUGUCUCCACCAAAAAUUACAAAAAAUUAAUUGGGCAUGGAGGCAGGCGCCUGUAAUCCCAGCUACUCGGGAGGCUGAGGCAGGAGAAUCUCUUGAACCCGGGAGGUGGAGGUUGCAGUGAGCCAAGAAUGCGCCACUGUACUCCAGCCUGGGCAACAGUGCAAGACUCCGUCUCUGAAAAAAAAAAAAAAAAAAAAAAAAAAGUUCAUCUUAGAGGAUUUUAUUUAUCUGUAUGUAUAUACAUAUAUGUUUGUAUGUAUACAUACCCAUAUUAACAUUUUAUGACCCUGUAACAUUUGUUUUCUAUUCUUUUAGGUGAUGUGAGUUGACCUCAGUGAAGAAACAUUUCAUUUAGUCUAAGCCUUGCAUUCAGGGUCUUACAACAGAUUUCUUGUGCAAGAAUUAUUAUUAGUUAAAAUGGAAGGUGUUAGUUUAACAAACUGAGAGUCAAAUUUUCUAAGUUUUUAAAUAUGCAUUUUAACAUGCAUUAUUUUUGGCAUUUAAUUUAAAAUAGUUUUGUUUCAUAUAUACAACAGCUGUUACAGAUAUAUGCCAGCAAUAUUCAUACUUUUUAAACAAGCUUCUGUUAUAUAUUUUCUAAUCUCCAUAAAAGUCUAAUCAUCUAUGAAAAAGAUAUUUAGGGAGAAAAUACUUGUUUUCUGUAAUAAAACAAUUAGGUUAGUGCCAUGUAUGCCAAGUUGGAUAAAAGAAUACAAAGAAACAGCUGAAGGUUUUGGGAGCUCACUCUGACAUUAAUUACUAGAAAGCAAACUAAAAUGCAAACUGAAUAGUUAACUUAGAAGAUUUGAUUUUUUGAAAUAGGGUCUCACUCUGUCCUCUAGGCUAGAGUGCAGUGGCACUAUCACGGCUCACUGUAGCCUCAACCUCCCUGGGCUCAGGUGAUCUUCCCACCUCAGCCUCUGGAGUAGCUGGAACUUGAGGCAUGCACCACCACACCUGGCUAAUUUUUGUAUUUUUAGUAGAGACGAGGUUUUGCCACGUUUUCCAGGCUGGUCUCGAACUCCUGGGCUUAAGAGAUCCACCCACCUGGCCUCCCAGAAGUGCUAGGAUUACAGACAUAACUACCACACCUGGCCUGAAGAUUUUUAAAUGUGAAAAUAUUUCAAGAAGCUAAGGGGAAAAUCGUUAUUUUAAAAUCCUGAUCCCCUUAACUUUACCCCUUACCAUUCCCCUUACCUUUCCAAUUCACUUUUGUCUAUUUAUUAUAGAAUCAGAAUUGUGCUAAGAAGAAACCCUGGAGAUAAUCUAGCUAGUCUCCCACUCCCUCACCCCAACCUUCAUCCUCAAGAAACAGAGGCUCAGAGGUUGUGGUGUGAUCAAGAUCAUAUACCUAAAGCAGAGCCAGAAUCAAACCCAGUCUCCCAUGGGUUUGGGGAGGCGGUGGGUUGUUAACUCCAUUUUUGCAGUUUCUUUAUAGUUCUGGUCUAGUAGUUGGUGAAUACAACACAUUAAGAAAAGUGUUAAAUCCAGAAAAAAUGUAGAGUAAUCUAGAUGGGGAAAUGUUGGAAAUGUUAAGUAUAUCUACAGAUGUAAGGAUCAAUACAUUAUUCUAAUUUAUGCCUUACUAUUUUCUGCCACAUAACAGUUGUAUGCUGCCAUUUUAUAGUUGAAUACAUUUGUUGGGACUUAUUUAAAUAUAAAAUAAACCCAGUGAAAUGGCUUUGAUCAGUGUUUUCUAGUUAUUUUAAAGUAAUUUUUGAGUCAGCCAGCUUUCAGUCACCAGUGUGGCAAGCUAAUUAUAUUGCACAAUAGAGUAUUGCAAAGUAAAGAUUAAAUAAAUUUGAUUCCAUUACUUUUUAAUGUAGAAAGAGACUGAAUCUUAUGCUUAGAGCAAAUGCAAGCAAUAUUUCCUUAUGAUUGAAAAAGGUUCUAUAGUGUGAAGCUUAUGAUUCCAUAAUGGAACAGUGACCGUGAUGUCAUUUAAAGUGUGUAUAUACCAUAUAAAAUGUCUUAAAUGCGGUAGUCUCAGCUAUAUAAGCUCAGUAUUUCCAGUCUGUAUUCUCAGAUUCCAUCUAGUAACUUUAAAUUAAUUAAAAUUGUUUAUUAGACACUGGAAUACUGAGAAUAACUUCUUUCAGAUUGUUUUGUUUGCACUACUUUUGUGAAUAUUUUAAUGAAGUGGAGUCCAUUUUUGAGUACUUCAGUUGUUGACAAUCAGUUGUCUCGUUUAAAUCUCUGCAUGUUCAUUUGUAAAUAAAAAAUGUAGUACCUGUCUUUAGGGGUAGUCCCCUAUUUAUUACAAACACUGGCAAGGAAUAUCUCUCCAUUUCUGACCUUGGAUUACAAAGUAUGUUUUGGGUUUUUCUUUUUUAAUCAGUAUUUCAGUUACAUCUUUGUUUUCAGCUUUAAAAAGUUUAACAGGUCAUGCCAAUGAUCAGAAAAUCUGUAAGAAUUUUAGAGCAAUUUUUCUACGUACGGCUAUGUUAAACAGUCUGAACAUGAGACUUUUUCUUUCAAGUUGAAGAUUAUUGUCAUCGUUUUACCACUAAGUUGGUUGAGACACUUACUUGUAAUACUUUAAUUUUUUUAAAGUGUUUUUAGAAACAAGUUGUUUGAAAACCAAUUAGAAAUUAGAAUAUUUGCCAGAUUAUAAGAAGAUGGAAUGCAGUGUAAAACUGUUAACAAUGCUAAUAAAAUUAUGAGUCAUCAGAUUGGUACAGUUUUCCCUGCCAAGAUGGUCAUAUUGAUAAUGUAAGACAAAUUUUAGUAUUACUUGCAUUAUGUGUACCUAAUAGGUAUAUCAUACCGGUACUGAGCGUAUAUAGAAAAUACUAUUCAUAGAGGAGUCAUCACCACCCAACCUCCUUGCCCGUGUAGGCAUAUUUCUUCUGAACCUGACCACACAAGUACAACAUUUUGGUAACUUCCGUCUUUUCAGUAUUUUUGUAAUCUUAGCCACAGUCCUAUGAGAAAUGUACAUAAGAGCAAACAAUUCAGGAUAGAAAUUAGCAGAAAGCUGGGAAUGAUGUGAAAUAACUGGCAGCAUAGUACAGAAAUGUAAGGUAUAUGUUUUGCUUCUGGAUUUUUAGAAAUUGUGCUAAUCAUGUUUACAAAUUAAGGCAUAUUCAGAUGUCUGCUAUUAUGUUUAAUAUUGAUUUGAUAAAAAAUGGAAUUAGGUGUAGCUUAAAGUAUAAAUGAGUCUUUUUAAAAAUGUGUAUCUGGAAGUAGGUCUAAUAAAGAAAUCCUUUUAUUUUCAAAGAAAUGAACUUAAUUGGACAACUCAUCCCCAAUUACAGAAUUGAUAUCAAUAUGGUUUGCUGUAUUUGAGUAUAAACAGCUCAGUGUUAAUUAUAUCAAAGGAAGUUCUUUACAUCUUCAUUGAUUACAAAAUUUACCAAAGAAAAUGUAUCUACCAAAUAUAAUUUUUAAAGUACUUGUUAAGGAAUGAAGCCUCUUUAACAUAUAAAGUAUCUUAAAAAUAUUCUCUGACCUGGAAAAUAGGUUUACAGUAGCUACAAGAUUCCAUUUUAGGUUUUCUUAUGUCAAUAAAUGUCAAUAUUUUACACUUCCAGCAAAAGUACCCGUUAAAGACUAAAUCUAAAUAUUAUUCCUCAUAGCACAGUUUCUGGUCUCCUUAAAUUAAGGAUCCUACUCAUCAGGAUUGAAUAAAAAGGGGGAAAUUCCUAAAAUUGGUAUAUUGUAUAAUAUUGUGGGUUAAGUAAAAUUUAGGGGGGCAUUAUGGAAAUGUACCUAUUUUAAAGGGCAGUGGCAAUUACUAUAAUAUUGGUUAAGCUGGUAAAGUUUGUUAAAUAAUUUAUGUCCAUGAUCAUUCUGAGUGUUUUUUUCUUUGCAGAAAAACAGGAUUGGGUUAAGAAAAGCUAAAAUACUCAUUUUUUAAAAAUGUAUAGCCCAAUAAGAACUAAAUGAUUUAUUUCAAAAGUUAAAUAAUUUUUUUUGGAAAUCAUGAAAUGUAUUUGCAUAUUGAUGUUCCAAACAGGUUUUAUGUAUUGUUUUUUACAGCAGGGAGUAGUUGAAAAGUAAUGAGUAUAUUGAUUAGCUGUCUUGGAAAGAGAGGAUUGGCUUUCUAACAAUCACUGAUACAGGUUUGGGUUUGGGGGGGGGGUUGUUUGUUUGUUUGUUUUUAAGUUUUAUCAUCCAUACUGAAUUGAGAGAUAUGCUCCAUGUUUAAAAAUAUUUGUAAUAAGUUCAUCUACUUGACACUGAAUCUUUUUUAUUCUUACUCUAAAAUUAUUCUGGCUUUACAUUCAGUUUAAGUGGUUAAGUGAAACAGUUUUUAGGGUGCAAAAAUUAUUUUCCCACUGUUUUUCUCAUGAUAAUUUGAGUCUCCUGAGCUAUAAUUUCUGAAGGAUUUUUACUACUUUGGCAUUAUGUAAUCUGAUCUCUGUCACAAUGAUAGUAAAUAAGAACUAUCUCACUUUCAUAUGUUUGCUUCAUAAAAGGAUAUGGAAUGUACACAUCAGCUCUUUUUUUUUUUUUAAACUAGCAUCAACCUAUAACUUGGUAUAAACUUCCCAAGUAUUUAGAGAAUAGUGCUGGUGAAAAUUUAAAUAGGAUAGGCAUAUAGAAAUUAUGACUUGUAUUGAGUGAUGUCCUUUCUACCUAGGACUAGUGACAACCUUCAUUUUUUCAGAGCUGAAGAAAAAACCGUGAAUUUAAGAUCAUAUUUAUUGGUGCAUGUAAGCCAUUAUCCUGUCUUAAUGAACCGAUUAAUGCUGUUGAUUGUUGAAAUGUGAAAUGUAGUCACUGUUGACCUUGUAAAUAUCUGCCAGAGAUGAAAAAAUAUUUUAAAUUAUUGUAAAUAAAGAUGUAUAAAAUUCAGUAUCAGUCUGCAAUGCAGAAACAUAUCUUAGAUGUUAAAAUACUGUGUUUGAGAGAUGUGUAAUUUACCCUUAGAUGUAUCUAGUUACGUUAAGAGUGUAAAUUUUUUUGUACAGUAUAAAAAUACAGCUCUAUUUGGCUUUUAACUGGA